UUAUCACCAUGAGGUGUAUAAGAUCUCAGAAUUCAGCCACGAUGUUAAUGGGGAGACCAAAGAGACACAACCCAUUUUUUUAGGAGAUGAAAACAUGGAAAUUAAAAAACAAAUUACAGGGAUGAGAAGAUUACUGAAUGACAGCACGGGGAGGAUAUAUCAACGUGUUGGCAAAGAAGGAGAGAAACUAAAGGAAGAGCCCCAGGAUUUGGAGUUAGUCUGGCCUCAGCGUCUGAACUCCUCUGCCGAGGCCGCACAGGGCCUCCAUCCUCCUUCACGUGGGGCAUGGAAUGAACUACCAACCCAAAGUGGGCAGUUCUCAGGGCAGUAUGGUACACGUUCUAGAACCUUCCAGAGUCAGCCCCACACCUCUGCAAGUUCUAAUGGAGAACUUCCAGGGGUGAAUUCAUCAGCUGGAUCCAACUGUUGUACUUGUAACUGCCAGUCAACAUUGCAGGCCAUUCUCCAAGAACUCAAGACCAUGAGGAAAUUAAUGCAGUUUCAAGCAGUUGGAACACAAAACAGACAACAACCCCCAAUUUCCCUUAUAUGCUCCCAGCGAACCGCUGUCUCACGCAAGAGAAAUAAGAAGAAAAAAGUGCUCCCAAAGACUGUGGAACCUGUGACUGUGAAACCAAAGCCCGGUCCAUUGGAAGUUGAGAAGCCAGCAGCCGUGGCCACAAGGCCAUCUGGUCUCCAAGCCACAGAGCACACCUCCAGUGAGGAGAGCCACGUCCUGGGAUUUGGCAUUGUUCUCGAAUCGCCUUCCUCAGAUCCAGAAGUGCAACUUGCUGAAGGUUUCGAUGUGUUUAUGCCUAAAUCUCAGCUGGACUCUAUACUGUCAAACUACACUCGCUCAGGAAGCCUUCUGUUUAGAAAACUGGUGUGUGCAUUUUUUGAUGACAAGACUUUGGCUAACUCCUUACCCAAUGGGAAGAGGAAAAGAGGACUCAAUGACAACCGGAAAGGACUGGACCAAAACAUUGUGGGUGCGAUAAAAGUCUUCACAGAGAAGUACUGUACUGCGAACCAUGUGGAUAAACUUCCUGGCCCAAGAGACUGGGUACAGAUUCUACAGGACCAAAUCAAACUGGCCAGAAGAAGGUUAAAAAGAGGCUCAGCAGAGGCAGCUGACGGUGAUGAAAAACUGGACGGCAUUUCUCUACCACCUACAGGUAAUAUAUUUGUCACCAGGAGAGAGACCACGGAGGAUCUGGAUCCAGGCUCCAUUGCCUAGACCUGCAUUUUAGCAUACUCUUCUUCCGUUUCCUCAAAGGUUCACGGAGCAGUUGAGGUUCCUGCAGUGUGGGUGUUCUGUGGUGGCUUGUCCUGUCUGAAUCAUUUCUUUGUAACAUGUGGUAUCACAACUCCAAUUUGGCAUCAUAUUUUCUUCAAAGAAAUCAUGCUUAGAAUUGUUACCGUUCAAAAGUCCAGCGUGUGUGACCUGUCAUAAAGAAGCAGUUCUCUUCCUGGUUUUAUUCAUUCAUAAUCUCUGUGUGAAUACACAGUCUUCUUAAACGUAUUUAUUUUAUUGUAAAUUGCUUAGCUGCAUGCAGAGGAGACCACUCUCUAGGACUGACAGAAGUUACAAAGUAGCAGCGCUAACUAACCCUUCAGCCUAGAGAAGGGGAGGUAGUUCCGGGAGAUGGGGUGGCUCUGGCCUGGUCUGCGAAGUCACUUAUGACCCCAGUCAUAGUGACCUGAAACAGUCCUUCCGAACUGGAGUACAAAUGAUGACGUCAUCUAUGCAUCAGUCAUAGAACCCGAAACAGUUGUUCCUAACUGGAGUACAUGAUGUAUGGAUUCUUAGGAAAUAAAGCACUUUUACGUAAUUAUGAUGAUGCAGUAACAAAAAACUUAACUCAGCACAACCAGACAUCUGCUUAGGAGCCAUCAAGCUUUUAAACAUGGUUUAAACUGAGCAGCUUCGACCCUGUUUUCAUAUUCCUCCUAUAGUUUAUCUGGUCCCUCAUACACCUGCCUUUUACUUUAUGUAAAACUAAAUAUGAAAAAAAAUCUGGGUUUAUUUUAAAGAAAUCUUUGCAGUAUGGAUAUUGGCUUUACCUCCACGUGUUUCACUAAUGAAAUAAUGCAUUGAAAUCAACAUGUUUAGAGAACCUUGCGGCAAACCUUAUUUAUCAUGUAAAGCAAAUUAAUUGCCUUGAAUCUUGGGCACUUGACACAGAAGGCCAAAAAUUGCCAUAAAAAAGAAAGUAACAGUAGAUGUACCAAACCCCAGGGAUUAAAAACUGCCAUGACAAUAGCUUAGCCUUUUGCCUAGUGUUCCUGUCAACCACAGUUAGAGCCAACAGUUAGUGCUGCUGGGACUGCCUCGCCCUCUGCUCUGCCUGAGAGAACUGAGAAGUAGGUAAGGGGUUGCCUGGGAGCGGGUUUCCCUUCAUGGCCAGCUGGACAUAGAACCUGGACAUCCAGUGUACCGUGUCACUUCCUACUGUAAGGACAGGAGGGCUAGGGCAGCACUCCCCCGAGACCGGCUGCUCAGUGAGGCGAUCUGUGACAUCCCUGGAAUGUGACGACAUGUGCUCUUAGGUGUUGCUCGUGGAGUCCUCUAGCAACUAGACGGCAACAUCUCACGUGUGAACCUUUCUGUCUCUUCCUUUGGAGACUACGGAUGGCUUGGAAAUUAUCCCCAUCGACCCUUUCAGUUGCCGUUCUGUCCCCAGCCAGCCCUGAUCCUUUUGUUUUACUGAGUGUUCUGAUGAGCUGCAGAUAAGCCAGGGCUUUCGUUUAAUUGCAGCAGGUCCUGAAAAAAAGUCUUCUGCCUCCUAGAAUGAAGUCCUCCUCAAGGGAACAGAAAGGCUGAAUUAGUGCCCUUCACUCUAUUAAAUGGUGAUGGAUUUGUUUUUAGUACAGGGGGACCAUAUACUUAUACUGUAGGCCUGUUCAGUACGCACUAUAAACCUUCCAAAAGCACUUCCUUCCAAGCCUCGGCAGCUUGGAGUCUUCAAUACUUGAGGAGGGUGGGAAUCUUUCAGCUCGCAGACAGGCUCCGUGGAUUCAUAAAGUGGAAAGGCGGAUCAGAACUGCAACAGUGAAAUCAUAUUUUGUAAGUUUAAAUUGUAUUUGUGUUAACUUACUGUGACUACUGUUCGGCUUUGUUCAGAAACCCUUUUUAUAGGCUUUCUUAGCAAAAAAAAAAAAAAGUCCAUAUCUAUGGAUGUGUCUCAAUCUUGUGUACAUAUGUUUUAUUAAUAUGUAAAUAUUCAGAUUUUUAAAUUACUAUGUUCUUUUAAAAAGAAUUCAAUGUAAAGCUAGUUGUGAAAAUGGUGUGUAACACUGUGUUGUGAUAUCAACUCCCAAGACGCCCUUUAUGUCCA